UUAUGGAUAGAGAUAAUAACUCCGCAUUGGACUACUGAUAAUUUCGGCUAGUUCAUUUUUUUGUUUGUGGCUAUAAAAAAAAUAAUCCGAACUAGAACUAGAACUAGAACUAGAAACCAAAUUCAAACUCAUAAACUGUUUCACCUUAGAGAUAUUCGGCGCAACUAUGCAAGUAUAUGUAUAACUCCAGUUGUCCUUGACUUUGCUCUUGCCUUCAUUUAUAUAUUGUAGUUUGCUCUCGUCUUGUAUAAUCUAGAAAUACAUCAUGACUAACCCUAAUGAAGUAUAUCCUUGAGUAUUUGGAUCUCAAUGCGAUCCAACGCUCUACUGAAUUUGUUCUUACUAAGUUAAUUGAAGAACCUUCUUACAACUUUUUCAAUGAUCCAAUUCAGAAACAAAUACUUAAUGAAUCGUGGAAUACAUUAAUUGCCCGAUUACCAGAUGCAAUAGAUGAAGAAUCUAAACUAGAAAGAAAUCUUCAGAAGUUAGCAUUCAAGAUAUGUAAUUAUCAUGUUAUUAUUCCUGAAACUACAAUUUUAGAUGAAGAUUUUGUUCUAAGUAAAAAAUACAAGGAUGACCAUUUUAAAAUUAUUGGUGAAGUUUCAGAAGAAAUUGUUAACUUUUAUGAUAAAAGUCAACAUGUUGACAACGAUUUAGUCUUGCGGUAUGUACUCAAAUUAUUUGCCUUAUGUUGUUGUAUUUCAGUCCCACAACCUAGGUUUAGAGUCAUACUAGAGCAAAAUGAAAUAGAUAAAAAAGAUUCUAUUGCUGACAACCCGCCGUCAACUUUAUCAAUGUCUAAAUAUAACAAUUGUUCUAGUACAUCAAAGAUACAUUUUAAAAUUGUUCCCAGAUGUGAUGAAGAAAAGUUUAGUAAUGAAUCUUUAGAAAAGAUGUUUGAUAAAUUCAAAAUAGAUAAAGAUGUAUUGCGGCGGAUACAUACCCCUCUUCUGGAUAAUAACUAUCCGGGUCCAGGGGAUGUAAAUGGAUAUAUAUGCUAUUAUCUUUUAUAUCCAUUAAUUCGAACCACAUUUGCUAGGUUAAGAUAUAUCAGAAACUCAAGUUUGAAAGAGUCAAAGUAUAAGAAUGAAGUUACUAUCAAUGGGGUAAGGAAUAUUUAUAGAUACGGGACUUUCUUUUUGCUUAAAGACAAAGGAAUAUUUAAUGCUUUUGAAAAUAGAAAUGACAAACAGAAUAAUGCCGCUUUUCUCAAGUUAGCUGAUCAAGUUAUUUACAAUUUAAAAGUCAAUGAAUCAAGGAUAGGUUUUGCUAUUGAUGUGGAUUGUGUGCUAAUAGUUGAUAUUAAUGUUGAUUCAAGUUUCUAUAAUAAACCUAAUAAAAUAGAAACUAUAGAUGAAGUGGUAUGUGAGGUACCAUGUAGCAUGAGAUGCUUUAGAUUUUCAGAAUCAAAAUAUAAUGUUUUCUGUUUGUUAAUGAUGCUAUUAUAUGAUUAUUUUACUUGUGUGAAUCAAACCCAAUUAGGUUGCAUAGAUGAUUUCUUCAAGGAAUUAGAAUUGACUGAAAGCGACAUCUCUGACAACGAGAGUUGGAAAAAGCGUUUUGCCGAACUAGAUUGGGAUUCUAAGUAUAGCAAUUACCAUCAAAAUGAAAACGGAGAUUAUACUCAUAAUUUAUAUCCAUCAAUUAUUUUUCCUCAAAGAGCCUAUAAGGAAAUAGAGAUUUUUAAUGAGACUUCUUUUGUAUAUACUGAAGAAUCUAAUGGCAAUAGUUUAAGGGAAGAUUAUUUAUCUCGAUGGAAGUCAACAUUUUUCAAAUGGUAAAAGUCUGCUUUGACAUACUUAUUUUAUGAAAUCGGUGUCUACCGUCAGUUUAUGGAUUCACUGCCAAGUGGCCGUCUGCUUGAUUCUUUAAAAGUAUAUGAAAACCUGGGCAAUACUAUAAUUUCCAUUUCUCGUAUUUGUGGAUGUGUAAUGGGAUUCGAGCCAACUCUUCGUUUUCGUAGACUCUAUCUUAUCUUUGAGGAAAACAAAGAAUGUUUAGGAAAAUUACCAUUGGAAGCAAUUCAUGAGUGUAGUGGAAAUGAUUUACUUUAUAAAGUAGUGAAGAAAGAAGCAUAUUUUGUACGUAACAUAGUGUUGAGUACGAAACCUUUUUUAAGAUACCUGAGUUGUCCUAAUACAAGCGACGUGGUACUACAAUUAUUCAAUGAAUGCGAAGCAGAUAUUGCU